ACCCACCGCUUACACAUUCAGUCAAUAAGACGAACCUUCCGAUUAACGUUUAAAAACGUCCAGUUAAUCGUUCGUUAACCUGGCGAAUAAAACUCUUCGUUUAAUAGCCAAACAUCAUAGAAAAAAUUGCUUCGUUUCAAAGUGCGAUAAAAUUCAUUUAAAGUAUACCUUCGGGUUUUACACGAUUUAUCAUAAAAGUUAUACCUAAACUAAUAAUUUCCAAAAUGCCUGACGGUAAAUAUUCGGUUCAACACUCAGUCACCAUCCAAGAAAAGAGGAACUCGUUGAAGUAUAAAGUAUUAACAAGCGCCGAAACCAACGUUUUAACUGGAAAAACACGCAGUUUCGAAGACAUCAAAGGAAACUUCGAUGGGCUUUCCGCAAAAAUUAGGAACUUCAUCGAAAAAUCAGCCGAUUUAUGCAAACCAUCCCAACUUUACAUUUGCGACGGCAGCGAAGAAGAAAACACUCAACUCCUUCAACUUUUAGUCGAAAAUGGAGUCGCCAAACCAAUCGAUAAAUACCAAAAUAGCUACUUAGUAAGAACAAAUCCGGCCGAUACAGCUCGCGUUGAAUCAAAAACCUUCAUCUGCACCCCCGAUAAAUACACCUCCGUACCAAGAACGAAAUCAGGAGUCACCCCAAGUUUAGGAAAUUGGAUUUCACCCGAAGACAUGGAAAUCGCCGUAAAAGAACGUUUCACCAACUGCAUGAUGGGUCGCACCAUGUACGUUUUGCCAUUUUCCAUGGGCCCCGUUGGUUCCCCCCUUGCAAAAAUCGGCAUUCAACUCACCGAUUCGCCCUACGUCGCACUCUCCAUGCGAAUCAUGACCAGAAUGGGAGCUGAAGUUCUCAAAGUACUCGGCGAUGACGAUUUCGUCCGUUGCCUCCAUUGCGUCGGAACCCCAAAAAGCGGAGUCCACGAAAAUCCUUUAUGGCCAUGCGACCCAGAAAGAACCAUCAUUUUACACAAACCCGAAACGAAUGAAAUCGUAUCUUACGGAAGCGGAUACGGUGGAAAUUCUUUGUUGGGGAAGAAAUGUUUCGCUUUAAGAAUCGGCUCAACGAUCGCUAAAAAAGAAGGAUGGUUAGCCGAACACAUGUUAAUUAUGGGCUUUACAAACCCCAAAAAUGAAAAGAUGUAUCUUGGAGCAGCGUUUCCUUCGGCUUGUGGCAAAACGAAUUUAGCCAUGAUGACCCCAUCUCUAAAAGGCUACAAAGUUGAAUGCGUCGGUGAUGACAUCGCGUGGAUGCGAUUCGAUAAAGAUGGAAUCUUAAAAGCUGUUAACCCAGAAAAUGGAUUUUUCGGAGUAGCUCCCGGAACCAACAGCAAAUCGAAUCCAAUUGCAAUGGAAACCAUCAAAAAGAACACAAUUUUCACCAACGUUGCGUCAACUAGUAAUGGAGGCGUUUUCUGGGAAGGAAUGGAAGAAGAAGUUGAUCUGAAAGAAACCACCAUCACCGAUUGGAAAAACAAAGAAUGGGAUCAUCAAUCAAACGCAGCCCAUCCAAACUCGCGAUUUUGUACCCCAGCUGCUCAAUGUCCCAUUAUUGAUCCAUCUUGGGAAUCCCCCGAGGGUGUUCCAAUUUCUGCAAUUCUCUUCGGAGGAAGACGCCCAGAAGGAGUUCCUUUAGUUUACGAAGCUAGAGAUUGGAAACAUGCCGUUUUGGUAGGAGCCUCCAUGAGAAGCGAAGCCACCGCAGCAGCUGAACAUAAAGGAAAAAUGAUCAUGCACGAUCCUUUCGCAAUGAGACCAUUUUUCGGUUAUAAUUUCGCCCAUUACAUUGAACAUUGGGUUAGCAUGGAAAAAGAAGGAAGAAAAAUGCCGAGAGUUUUCCACGUAAAUUGGUUCAGAAAAGACGCAAACGGUAAAUUUAUGUGGCCCGGAUUUGGAGAAAACACCAGAGUUUUAGAUUGGAUCAUGAGAAGGUGUAAUGGUGAAGAUGUCGCCGUUGAAACUCCGAUUGGAUGGGUCCCAAAACCUGGAUCUAUCAAUUUAGAAGGAUUAGAAAAUCCACCUAACAUGGAAGAAUUAACUAAAGUUGAUAAAGAAUUCUUUUUGAAAGAAUUAGAUCAAAUUGAAAAAUAUUUCGAUGAUCAACUUACAACUGAUUUACCCGAAACGAUGAAAGAUGAAUUGAAAAGGUAUAGAGAGAGAUUAUCUAAAUAUUAAGAAUUUUAAUUUAAUUUUUAAAACAUUCUUCUCCAAAAUGUAGUAUUAAUGUUUACAUGUUUUUCUUUUUGCGAUAAGCAAUGUAAAUGUAACUUUUUAAAUUUAAAUAGAAUGUAAUAAAUAUUUUUAUAGACGAUCAUAAUUUUUUAAGUGAUUAUAAUAUUGUAAGAGAUAUCAAUAGAAAUAAAUUAAUUAUAUUUUUUUAA